UGUAUGGUGGCUAGUGUCACCACCCAAGCUUGAUUCCUUAGUCUUAUCAAAGGCUGUACUCACUAAGGCCCAUGGCGUGUAACUAAGUGAUAAACCUGUCGAAAUCUAAACCUAACCUCAUCAUAUUGCUGCUCUUAAUUUGACAACUCAUGAUGAGGCUACGUAGACUGAAAGGUUCAGCUGAGUGGUAAGGGAGGCACUCUCAGGUUAAGCAGGGACAGGAAGGCUGACCACCAUUAUCUGCCGGCAAUCGCCGUGCAUGCGUUGCAAGACCACAGAACCGUGUAGCUAACUUCAAACUGUAAUCUAGGUUUCAUAAUGUUUUGUGAUACAGCUGGAGGUUUGAGUAACUCGUUGUAGCUUUUAUCUGGAUUUAUUUAUAUAUUCAUUUAUUAUUUAUUUAUCGUCAUUAAUUAAUUAAUUUAUUUGUGUCCUUAUUUAUACUCUGCUCUCGAUUGAGAAAUAGCUAUAAGAGUUUGGAGGAGACACGAACACUUUUCGUUCACUAAAUUCACUAUACUUACUUGGCUAAUUAAUUUGAGGACCAUGUAAGGUUGUACAAACAGUGACAGAUGGCCUGUCGCUAUAGUUGUGAGACGUACUGUUGAUACAUCAGAGACGUAAAAAUUGCCUAGUUUGCAAAAGCAAACUAGGCAAUGCAACGUUCGUAUGCUUCCCCACAAUGACGAACGUGAUGGUCUUUGAGUGUGGAGGCUCGGGGCCUGUGCUGCACCAUUCAGGGGCGCGCCACGACCCACUGUGCGAAGACUUAUCAGUGAAGGAACAGCUGCUGUCCUUCACAGUCGACACAAUGUUCCUUCACUUUGCAUCUACAUUUUUUUUUUUUUUCUCGAGCUGAGUUGCUCAAAAGCGGUGGCAAGAGAUUUAAACAACUUCAGUUUGGCAAUACCAAACGCUGGCACCUCGACCUCUUCAGUGCUAUCUCGCAACUUGAUACACCGAGCGAGUCCCCAGUGAACCACUGGCACCUGACGUGGUGUAUACUAUAGUACUUGGACGUUAGUGACGGUACCGUCAAGCUAGUACUGGCAUUAGUCUCAGUACUUGCCCAGUCCUGCACGCUGCAGCAGUGUGUCCAGUUGUCAGGGUAACAGAGGCGACAGCGAGGCUAAUAUACGUAUUGAGCUCCGAGUGACGAGAUUAACAAUGUCUGCCGAAGGCGAGGCACAGAGUGCGGACUGCAGGUGGGUGGUAGUGGGGUUGUCUGGGGUGACGCGAGGAGGGAAGACCUCGCUGGCCUUGAAUCUCCUCUCGUGUCUCCCCACCACUACAGCCUACCUCAGCCAGGACGAGUACAUCCUCCCUAACAGCCACCCUGCCCACCCCGCGGCCCCUGAGCCGGUGGACGGCAUAAACAAAGAGACGCUGGCCAGCAUUGAUAUGAGCCGUAUGAUAAGAGAUUUGCGGCGUGUCCUGGCAGAAGAACCAAACAGCUUAACCCUCGCCGAUCCUGAGAAUUUGAUGGAGAGGAGCCAGGUGGUAGGCUGCGCCCUGAAGGAGCCUCGACCUCCCCUUAAGGGCCGUCAGAGGAACUCCAGCCUGCCGGCAGUGUUGGUGUUAGAUGGGUUUCGCCUCUUUGAACACCCAGAGGUGCCGCCGUUGUGUAAUCUCUGUUACUUUCUCACCCUGACGCGCGAGCAGUGUGUAGCGAGAGGCAAACAGAGGCCGCGUACUUCGUCCUUCUUAAACUCUCCCCUCUACUUCAACCUCUGUGUGUGGCCUAAGUACGAGGAGUACCUGGCGAUGCUUGCAGACAAUGGUGGAACCGACAAGAUAUGCUUCCUAGAUGGUGCCACGCCGCUAGACGCCCUUGCAAAGAAGGUGGAGGAUGAGACGAAGUCACUGCUUGGGCUGAGUAGAAAUGUGAAGGGGAUGAAUUGAUUGCUCGACCUGUCCUUUACUGCUGAACAUAGUGUUGCUAGCACCGACAACAGAGGCCCUGCAGGAUUCCAUUGACCUGUGUCAGAUGUAUGCCGCCCAGCACGGCAUCCUGUACAGCAAUACCAAGACUAAGUACAUGAUAAUACCACCUAAACACUCAAAUAUCAACCACGUGACAUCACUAACAAGCAAUUGUUGUGGACACAAGUUUGUUGAUACGUUUCUUUCUU